AGUCAUCGUGGCGGAAAUUUAGAGCGUAAUGCUUCCGGUCAGCACUUCCUUGAAAACACGUUGCCAGCUUUCCGGAAUUCCGCUGCCAUAGGGGUUGACUUGCUGGAGCUAGAUGUCCAACUUACGCGAGAUGGGUUAGCAGCUGUCUUUCAUGACCAAGACCUUGGCAGGCUUUGUGGAAAGGCAUUUCAGGGAAAACGCAUAUCAGACUUCAACUAUGCAGAUCUGCCAAGGCUCAAAAUUAGUAGUAAAACAGAUACAGCGGUCUUAAAUGAUGCAGACUUCACCUGGAUUCCACUGCUAGAUGAGGUCUUCAGGGCGCACCCGGACAAGCCGGUUCAAAUUGACCUGAAAGUCCCCUCGCAACAGCUGGUCCACGUCGUCAGCGACCUGGUCUCUCGGUAUCAGCGUCAACGACUUGUGUUAUGGGGCAGCUUUCUGCACAGCAACAGCAAUGGCCUUUACACCGCGAACCCUGAAGUGCCGCUGUUCACGUCCUCAUCCAGGGCGCUCUUGCUGCUCACUGCAUACUGCGCUGGCCGCCUUCAUGAUAUCCAUAUUUAUGAAAGCGCGAUUAUCAUGCCC